AUGGAUCAACAAGAGAAAAAACCGAUCGUUGCGAAAACGACGUCGUUGACGACUUUCCCUUCCCUCAACCAUUCAGCGUGCCUCGAAAUUCGUCUCUUCUAUGUCAGAAUCUCCCCCUGCCUCGUCGAUACGCUUCCCGACCACCUCACGCUCUGCCACGCGCGCCGCCACGUUGCGGUUUCGCUGGUCGUCAACGCCGCUCCCGUCCCCGCCUCUGCCCCCGCCACGCUCCCCCUCCGCCGCGGCCGCGUCGAUCGCCACGCCGCCGAGGUCACUUACGUAGCCACGGACACCGUCAGCCUCAGCGGCAGCGCAGACUUCGAGGUUUACGAGAACGACGCGCUCUUUCUCUGCGGCUCCCUCGAACGCCUCGACUCCGAGUGGGGAAACGGGUCCGGCUCGGGAUGGGGCAUGGACUGCCACGUGGCGGCUGGGUCCGUCGGGUCCGGGGUCUCCGCGUUUUUUAGACCGCGUCUCGGGGUUUCCGCGCCGUCGAUAGAAGUCUACGUUGCCGGAUGCUGCUCCGGCGUGCCGGUGAUUCUGAGCAAGACGAUUCAGAUGAGUCCGCGGCGGAGGGUGCCGAGACAUGCCACGCUGGACGCGAUUCCCGAGGACGAGGAAAUGAUGACGACGGAGAAGAACCGUGUCAACGGGUUUGUUCCCAACCGGAAGUUGCAGAUAACAGAGUCGGAGGUUGAUGAUUAUGAUUGUGAUGGGAAGAUGGGGAAUGGUUUCUACACUCAAGAAAUGUAUCUCGGUGAGGAUGGGCAGCUCUCAUGGUUCAAUGCUGGGGUUAGAGUCGGUGUUGGAAUUGGCCUUGGGAUGUGCGUGGGGAUAGGGAUUGGUGUUGGACUGCUCAUGCGUUCAUACCAAACAACAACCAGAAACUUCAGGAGGAGAUUUUUCUAA